CAAAAAAAAGAAGAUUGCAAACUAUUAUUUCAUCAAUCUAUAGAAAAGGUUGAGCUUUCUCGAUACAUUCAUGUAAGGAUGAAAGCAACUAAUUCAUCAUCAUCUAAUGAAAAUUAGAUUAGUUGACCAUUCCUGGCGAGAUCCCAACAAUUUACAGAUCACCCUAAAAAUUUUAGGAAAAUCAUAGUGAUUUGUUUAAUUCCCUUAUUUCUUCAUCCGAAUUCAACACUACUGCCUUUUUUAUUGAAGCUCAGAAACGCAGAUUCUGAAUUCAGUGCCAAAACAGAUUCAUAAUCACUUCGAAUUUCACUGCAGUCUUCACUCCAUUCGACCAAAUUCCCAAACGGGCUUCGUCAAAUCCCCAACUUUUUCAGUCCCAGCAUUGUAAAUUUCUUGAUUUUUUUCAUUCCUCAUUUCUUUAUUCCCUUAUUCUGGAAAAGGGCAUGCUUGAAAUUCCAUGGUGCCGCUAUUGUUUCUCUUGAUUUGUUGUACAAAAUUGCAGUAGUUUUGAUUGGAUUUUACCUUCAUCUAAUCUAUGAAGCCAAGUUAUUCAUUUGGAUCUAGUAGUAGUAACAGUCCCAAGUCAUUCCAAGCAUAUCCAAGGAGGGAUUUUGACUUAGAAUCUGGGAUUGCUAAGAGAUCACGAAAGCCUAAAAAUAAUCUGCUGAGAAUGAUCAAAUCACUAGGAAAUAGGGUACAUCAUUAUGUUAAGCUCCACCCCCUUUUGCUGUUCUUGAUUUGCUUGUCAAUUGGCGUUUGUGCCCUAAUUUUAUUCUCUGUUUAUGAUGGAGGUGUGAGAAUGAUGUCUACUUAUAGGGCAGUAGAGGGGAAUGCAGAUAGAGAUAGAGAUAGAUAUCCUUUUGCUAGCUUAAGAAAUCUUGUAAUGGUAGCCGGGCAUUCGGUUUACACGAGUAGUAGUUGCGAGAAGGUGGAUAAGGAGAAUGCUUGGUAUUUGGAGGCGUAUCAGAAGCAUCCGGGGCAGGCUGCAACGUUUGUCACUCAUAUUGAAAAGGGCGUGGAGAUUGCAGCCAGGGAUGAUGCGACAUUGCUCUUGUUUAGUGGGGGUGAGACUCGGAAGGAUGCUGGCCCGAGGAGCGAAGCUCAGAGUUAUUGGAUCGUGGCAGAGUCCAAGCAAUGGUUUGGCAACCGAGACAGCGUGAGAAGUAGAGCACUCACUGAAGAGCACGCUCGAGAUAGCUUCGAGAAUCUGCUCUUUAGCGUGUGUCGUUUCCGAGAGCUUACCGGCACAUAUCCACACAACAUAACUGUUGUAGGUUACGACUUUAAGGAGGAGAGGUUCGUCCAUCUACACCGUUCGGCAAUUAGGUUUCCGGAGUUCCGGUUCCUCUACUCAGGCACGCCGUCCUCCCAAGACUCAAGGGAAGCUGCGCUGAAAGGCGAAGCACUGGUGAGGGCUCAAUUUCAAGAAGAUCCUUACGGUUGUUUAGGCGCGUUGAGUCGCAAAAAGCUCGGCCGCGACCCGUUCCAUCGGUCGAUCCCGUACCCUAAUGGAUGCCCAGAGAUCAAAGGUUUGUUCACAUAUUGUGGAACUGCACCAUAUCCAGGUUGGCUGCCUUGGGCUUAAUAAGUUAAUAACUUCUUCCUAAUUAUUUUUUUCUUUUUUGGAAGUUUUAUACAACAUAAGCUUGCAUAGUUGAUGAUCAUUCAUUUCCCUCCUGUAAUUAUUGUAGAGAAAGAAGAAGCAGGAAUUUUUGUGUAUGCUAGAGAGACUUUGACUGUUAAACUUACUUGCUCCUUUUACUUUUAACAA